UGCUGCCGCUUUGUCGUCGAACCAAGCAGGAGGUCCGUCAGUCAGAGCAGCCGCCGCACCGGAGCCGCACCGAGGACCCUCUUCUCCGCAGUCUGAGCGCAGAAACACAUAAAGAAGCUUCAUCAUGGGGAAAGGCUGCAUGACCGCCAGCAAGUACUUCCUGUUCCUCUUCAACCUCAUCUUCUUUCUGUUCGGCGCCGUCAUCAUGGGCUUUGGACUCUGGCUGCUGCUGGACAAUCAGAGCUUCAUCGUGGUUCUCAAUAACUCCACGGCGGUGAAGGUGGCCUGCUACAUCCUGAUCGGUGUCGGAGCCUUCUCCAUGCUGCUGGGCUUCCUGGGCUGCCUGGGAGCCAUCUACGAGAUCCGCUGCCUGCUGGGCCUGUACUUCACCUGCCUCCUGCUGAUCCUCAUCGCCCAGAUCGCAGCCGGAGCUCUGAUCUUCUUCAAGAAGAACACGUUAAAUGACGAGAUGUCCAAGAUCGUCACCAAGGUGUUGGACAACUACCCCGGAAACAACUCGACCACGGAGCAGGCCUGGGACUUCAUCCAGAGGACCAUGGAGUGCUGCGGCUGGUCCGGUCGGAUGGACUGGUCCGGCAACAUGGUGAUCGUCAACAGCUCCCAGCUGCUGUUCCCCUGCUCCUGCCAGAACAUCUCGCUGGUCACCGGAAACUUCUCCGACUCCGGAUUCUGCGAGGCUCAGACGCCCGACUGGCCCGUCUACGAUGUGGGAUGUGCUGCCAGCGUGGAGGGCUGGCUGCUCACCAACAUCGGCGUCGUCCUGGGGAUCUGCCUCGGAGUCGCCCUGAUCGAGCUGCUGGGGAUGAUUCUGUCCAUCUGCCUGUGCAGGAACAUCCACACGGAGGAUUACACCAAAGUGCCAAAGUACUGAAGCUGAAGCUGCACAAACACAGAAAACAGAGUUCAGAUGUUUUCCAGCCUGGUUUUGGUGAAACUGUGUCCAAAUGUAAAAUAAUGUGUUUGUUUUUUUCUUCACAUUUUGUUGAAUUUCUCUUCUGAGGCUUUUUCCAGUUUCCUUUGAGCACUUUAGAAACUCCUUAGUCUUAGAGCGAUGCUGAAACGCUCCGUACGAUCCCACAGAAGCUCUCAGGCCCAGAUUCAGCGUCGCUGGUUUCCUUCACGUCAAGUUUCCGCUGCAUGCUUUGAGUUUCCCGUUAAAAUCUGAAUCCUGUUUGUCUGUAAAGACGAGAAGCUACGUCUGGGAACUGGAAGGUCCGCCUGGUGGAUGUGUUUGCUUUUUCAUUUUUAUACACCAGUGUUUUGAGUUUUGUGAACUGUUUUUAGUACUUUGUAUAUAAUUUUAGUGAUUAUUUGUGUGAAUUUGAAUCCAAAAGAACCUUCCUACCAGCGUUUUCUGAGCCGCUGGUCUCUCCUCCAAUUCUGUUCAUGUUUUCUUUCACUGUCAGGAUUUUGUUCUUGAAAUAAUAGAAAUAAUAAUGAGGUACUAAAGAGAUGCUGUUUUUUGUUUUUUUUUAAAGUAUCGCUCCCAGUUUACAAGCAAACUUUAUUUUAGCUUUAAGCACAGAAGCCAGUUUAACCCGAAGAGUUUGAGUGAAUUGUUUCUUUAACCACUUUUGAAUCAAGUGAAACGGUAAAAAUGACGCCGCCGAUUAUUUUGAAGCGAGAAAAUGAAUAUUUUUUGGGGAGAAGCAUCUCGGAGAAACAGAUUUCUGUACAAUUUGAGCCGAGAUGUGGUUUUUAUAGCGUCGUGUCUCUUUGUAUGUACAGCCUGAAACAUUCCAUUAACCUCAUAAUAAAUAGGUGGACGUCGGCGUCGUAGCUCGUUUGUACUCACAACAUUCAUUCUGUUUCAUUUUGCCAAUAAACUGAUCAAAGUCG